GCUAUUUCUGCAUCAGAAUUCAGAACGCCAAAAAAUCAAAUUCCAACACAAACACAUUACACAUUUUUCUUUCCCGAAUCUCUCUUCUCUUUGUCUCCGCUAAUGGAUUCUCCUUCCCGCUUCUCCGUCAUCGUCAUCGGCGCCGGCAUCUCCGGAAUAUCUGCAGCGAAGGUGUUGGCCGAGAACGGAAUAGACGAUUUGCUGAUUCUGGAAGCUUCGGAUCGUAUUGGCGGUAGGAUCCGGAAAGAGAAGUUCGGAGGCGUGACGGUGGAGCUCGGAGCUGGUUGGAUCGCCGGCGUAGGAGGAAAAGAGUCCAAUCCGGUGUGGGAGCUCGCCUCUGGUUCGGGCCUGCGAACGUGCCUUUCUGAUUAUAGCAAUGCGCGGUAUAACAUCUACGAUCGAAGUGGAAAGAUAUUUCCCAGUGGAAUCGCUGCGGACUCAUACAAAAAAGCUGUUGACUCAGCGAUUCAGAAGCUAAGGGACCAAGAGGAUGAUGAUGAUAUCUCUACAGCAAUCGAAUCGACUUCCGCACCAAAGACACCCAUAGAGCUGGCAAUUGAUUUCAUAUUACAUGAUUUUGAGAUGGCAGAGGUUGAGCCAAUAUCAACAUAUGUAGACUUUGGGGAAAGAGAAUUUCUUGUUGCAGAUGAAAGAGGUUAUGAGCAUUUACUCUACAAAAUGGCUCAGGAAUUUUUAUUAACCUCAGAAGAAGGCAAAAUCUUGGAUAAUCGUCUCAAACUAAACAAGGUUGUGAGGGAAUUACAGCACUCGAGGAACGGCGUUACAGUGAAAACAGAGGAUGGUUGCGUUUACGAAGCCAACUAUGUGAUUUUGUCAGUUAGCAUUGGCGUUCUCCAAAGCGACCUCAUUGCUUUUAAGCCACCAUUGCCCAGGUGGAAAAAGGAGGCCAUAGAGAAAUGUGAUGUCAUGGUGUACACAAAGAUUUUCCUCAAGUUUCCGUAUAAGUUCUGGCCUUAUGGGCCUGAGAAAGAGUUCUUCAUUUACGCCCACGAGCGAAGAGGCUAUUUCACGUUCUGGCAGCACAUGGAGAAUGCAUAUCCUGGUUCCAAUAUCCUGGUCGUUACGUUGACGAAUGAGGAAUCUAAACGUGUGGAAGCUCAGCCCGAUGCAGAGACACUGAAAGAAGCCAUGGGUGUGCUUAGAGACAUGUUUGGGCCGGACAUACCUGAUGCCAUUGACAUAAUUGUUCCCCGCUGGUGGAACAACAGGUUCCAGCGUGGCAGCUAUAGCAACUACCCCAUAAUCUCUAACGACCAAGUCGUUCAGGAUAUGAAGGCCCCAGUUGGUUGCAUUUUCUUUACUGGUGAACACACAAGUGAAAGAUUUAAUGGUUACGUGCACGGUGGAUACCUUGCAGGUAUCGAAACAAGUAAAGCAUUACUUGAAGAAAUCAAGAAGGAAAGAAAGAACGAGAAUCAAACGUUCCUGCUAGAGCCUUUGUUAGCAUUCACAGGAUCAUUAACUUUGAAACAGACAGAGCCAGUCUCCAGUCUCCAAAAAUGUGACAUUCCCACACAAUUAUAUUUGAGUAAAGGCAAUUUUGGCAUUUCAGAAGCAAUCUUAUGACUAUAUGGACCUCUCUCUAACAACAUUCUUGAUGAUAUGAAGACUGAUACCGAUGAUCAUAAAAACAAUGAGACAGAUGGUCAAGGGGAUUCCAUUCCAAAGUUGGACAGAACCACUAACACUGUUUGCAAGAAUGAAGGGCAUUCAAGAAAAUUGGAAUAGAUGCACGAAUGAUCAAAAAUCUGUAGAUGCAGCCCUCUUCAUAAUGCAAUUGCUGAACAUUGGAGGGUGCUUGGUUGUUGGAUUUUGAAGAAAGUGGUUUGCAGCCU